GAACCAGAACAGCGCCCCCAUGUGUCAAAAGUUAAACUACGCAUAUUGUGCAGCAUUCAGCAGCAAGAUCCAGUGCCCCAGUGGUCGAAAAACAUGCCCAAACAAGGCUUUCUCACCCCAAAGGCGAUUGCCAAUAGGAUCAAGUCUAAGGGUCUACAAAAGCUGCGAUGGUUUUGUCAAAUGUGCCAGAAACAAUGCCGAGACGAGAAUGGCUUCAAGUGCCACACAAUGUCGGAGUCUCACCAGAGACAGCUUCUUCUGUUCGCUGAAAACGAAGAAAAAUUCCUGGACCAUUUUUCAGAGGAAUUCUUUGACACCUUCAUGGAAUUGCUUCGCCGACGCUUCAACACCCGGCGAGUCCACUGCAACGUGGUCUACAAUGAGUACAUUCAGCACAAAGAUCACUGCCACAUGAAUGCCACCAAGUGGGAAACGCUGACCGAAUUUGUCAAGUGGCUUGGAAGGGAAGGUUUUUGCAAAGUGGACCAGACGGAGAAGGGUUGGUUUAUUGCCUACAUUGACCGUGACCCGGAGACCAUCGCCAGACAGGAGAGUCUUGCCAAGAAAGAGAAACUGGAGCUGGAUGACGAGGAACGCACACAGAGAUUCAUUCAGCGACAGGUGGAGAAGGCUGCCGAGAACAAAACGGACCAGGAUACCGGUCAGGAGUACACUGAGCUACAGCGGGAGGAAGGGGAGGGUCUGGUCAGCUUCAACCUGGGCCAGAUGGCUGCUGGGACGGCCUCAAAGACAGACCCAGCAAGUAGCAAGCCGAGGGGUGCUGCUGGUGAAGGGAAAUCUGACGCUGUCUCCAAAGAUGGCAAAGUGCAAUCAAGAUGGUCCAACCCCUUGAAGGACUCGCAAUCAGUCAAACGGAAGGAUGGCAACAGCGGCGGCAAGUCAGGGAAGAGGAAAUCGGCGCUGGAGGAAAUCAUAGAGGAAGAGGAAAGGAAGAAGAAAGCUAAAGUGACGCACACACAGAACUGGCUGACAGAGGGCAUCGUAGUCAAGAUCACAACCAAGAGGCUGGGUGACAGAUUCUACAAGAAGAAAGGUGUUAUCACGAAAGUUGAAAAUAUGUUUACUGGGAUUGUGAAGAUGAUCGACAGCGGGGCCAAACUCAAAGUGGACCAGCUUCAUGUGGAGACAGUCAUUCCUUCACCAGGCAGAAUGGUGGCCGUGGUGAAUGGCCCCCACCGGGGACAGCAGGCCUCCCUGGUCACCCUUCAAGAAGAGGCUUGCUCCGUUGUGAUCAAACUUCAGAUGGGACCAAUGGCAGGAAAGACAGUGAGUGGUAUUCCAUAUGAGGAUAUAUCCAAGCUUGCCCCUCAGGACACGUGACAGGCACAAAACCCUGGAUGUCAAAUGAGAACGUGUAGGCCAUGUCUGAAUCGGGUAUUUUGUGGAUACAGCUAUGGUUUUGGCGCACUACAGUGAAUUGCUUGAGGCAACACGGUGAAUAGCUGUCAAUAAAGACAACCUGUUUCAGAUAAGGUAUACAUUUUAGGCAUUUUGGCAUAAUGAGAUUGAACUGGGCACAGGCCGUAGUAGAGAAAACUGCC